UCUACAGGGGGCCUUAUGAAUCUAGGGCCUGGUGUACUCAAUCCUGAAUUCUGUAAAAAGGAAGCAGCACCCCCACCCCUGGGCCCUCCUUCUUCCCGCUUCUACCCCGCCUCCCCUGCCUCCUGGUUCAAAAGCAGCCAAGCCAAGCAGCCUGCAGACAACCCUGCCUUCAUCUCUAAAAGCUGCUACCAAGAGAGCCACCAAGAUUCCCCCAAGAUGAAGGGCUUCCUCUUCCUCCUACUCACCAUCAGUCUCCUGGUUAUGAUUCAGAUACAGACCGGAGUCCUGGGAAACACCACCACCGCCGCCACCACCACCAAGAAACCCAAGAGUGCGACCCCGCCCCUCAGCAGCCUGAGCGGCGGCAGUGUCCUUCUCUUCCUGGCCAACAUCCUCGUCCAGUUCUUCUACCUCAGCUGAGGUGACAUGCCUCAGCCCUAGCCCCGUGCCCCCUGAGACCAUCGCUCGGCUGCCACCAUCUCUAGCAAGAGAAGCUCCUCCCACCCAGCCCCUGGGAGGGGUUGGUGCCAGAGAUGACCAGGUUGUGGGAAUUGACAGGUAGUGCCUUGGAGGCAUGACCAACACCAGGAGGUACUGAUGUGAAGGGGGCAAGUACCACCCAGCUGGAGGUCAAUAAAGUUGUCCUGUACUUGGA